AUGGCGACCGCACCUAAAGCAGUAAGAUACAGGGCAGUGAGGACGUUCAAAAGAGCUCAUAAAUCACCUUUAAUCUUUCUGGAAAGACUGCCAUUGGAGAUCCUGAUGAAGAUGCUGUCCUACCUGGAUGUCUCUGCUCUUUACACACUCAGCCAUGUCAACAAGCUCUUCUAUCAGCUUGCCAAUGAUAAUGUUCUGUGGGAAAAGAUCCACAAAGCAGAGCAUCGCAGGAAGAGAAAUCUAAAAUGUGACUGCACUUACGAGCUGCUGCAGAUGAUGUCCAGGAUGGAGUUAGAGGAUCCUCCUGAGAACUUCUGGAAGCUCCUGCACUUAAACUCUUUAAUCAAAUAUGACAUGAAGAAGUUGAAAAGUAAUCUUGGAAUCCUCAACCGUCACACUGGGCUGCCCAGCCGAACAAAACAGGUCCUCAGGAACUUGCGCGUCACGUGGGAGCUGACAGUCUCUGAUAAGUCGGGGCAUAAGAGCACUUUUGAGCCGAGCUGGUGCCGGUUCUGUGAGACUUCUGUGUCUCUGAGCUGGAGCGGAGGAGGCCAGCUGUCCGACUACAAGAAGAUCUCCACCCUCCAUCUGCACGGUGUCAGGAGGAUAGCCCUCAACUUGCCCGGUCUGAAGACACCUGGCCGCAGGUCCCUCAUGCUAAAGUUAGACAUGCAGGCUGUAGCUGAAAGCAUGCAGAUCAUCGGUCGGGACAAACUGGUUGAACUGAAGCUGCUUCAGCCUGGCAUUAUCAUCGGCGUCUGGAGGCGAUUUGUCUCUUUGCAGGACCAGAGCUCCGUGGCCUUUGUCAUGUUCACCCUCCACUUCCACAGGCUGGUGGAGAGAAGCACCAAUGAGAACCCUCUUUGGUACAGUAGCCUCGAGGACCCGAUCUUAAAACCCAUUUCUGACGACGUUGACCCUGAACACGGCCUCCAUGGUUACCAGCUUCACGUGGCUCUCAACGACACUACGUGCGACAUCAUGUCCGAAAACUUCUCCCAGCUCUUCUGCCGGAGAGCUGACAUCAGUGACGGUUUGAUCCGUCUGAGCGCCAUCAGCAGGUCAAACCCAUCGCAGCACUCGCCUCUGUCCGGCAGCGUCAGUCUUCCCUGGAGCUGUGAGUCUCUGCAGGGCAACGUGCAGAAUUGCUGCGUCUUGAGUGUGACUCUGCUGGAUUUCUGUAAGGGAAAGUUCUGGUGUGUCGGCUCUGCGGUGUCCGUGCAGCUGCAGGAGACGCCCGUCUGCUACGACUACGACGGUGAGCACUUCCUGAUCCUCCAUCAGGACUCAGAGGGUCGGGUGGAGAUACAACUCGUGACGGAACAGACGCGCUUUGUUGUCGUCAGUUUAGCUGUCUGUGUGGCUGUGGGCAAAGUCAACAAGCAUUUCGGCACAAGUUACUGAACCUGGAACAAAA